AAUUCUCUAUCCAAAAAAGACAACUUCAAAAAAUAGAAGUCUCUCCCUGUUCUACGGAAACUCCAAAAAGAAAAAAAAAUGCAACCCUUCUUCGUUUCAGUUUCACCUUAUUUUGCUUCUGUGAUGGUUUUUGGCGCUUUUCCUCUUUAUCUGUACCUUUUCCCUGUUUGUAAUCUUAAAACUCCUUAGCCAUUAACCAACAUGUUGUUUGUUAAUGGUGUCAGGAGAUUUUUGAAGGUAUAAUUAAUUGCAUCAAAAUCAAAUCUAAUGUUAGCUUCAUCAUACUCUUCUUUUCAGCAGAUUCUGGGGUUGGUUUUUGGUCUCUUGAUCUUUUUUUCUUAUUCACUAACAAACAUUUCUGAUACCAGACAAAUCAAAAGAUUCUUAAAUUUAGGUUACUGGGUCUGAUAAAUUUCCCUUCAAAAAUUAAAAAAUGAGUUGCUUUUCGUGUUUUUCAUCCCAUGAAAGGAAAAGCAGUUCCAAAAAAGUAGCUUCUUCCAAAAAAUUUCAAACGCAACUAUCAACUUCUCGACCAGAUCAAUCCGCGGCUCGGCUCCAGAAUUAUAAUCCUAAUCCCAGUCAAAGGCCUUCGCAGGAACCUGGUAAGAACAAUGGAGCAGGCGAUAGAAGCAUUGCGGCACAGACAUUCACAUUUCGUGAACUAGCCACAGCUACAAAGAAUUUUAGGCAAGAAUGUUUAAUCGGUGAAGGGGGAUUUGGGAGAGUUUACAAGGGAAAAUUUGAGAAGAGUGGGCAGGUUGUGGCUGUGAAGCAACUUGAUAGGAGUGGCUUGCAGGGGAACAAAGAAUUUCUUGUUGAGGUGUUGGCGGUAAGCCUCUUACGCCAUGAAAAUCUGGUAAAUCUAAUCGGUUAUUGUGCUGAUGGAGAUCAAAGACUUCUAGUUUAUGAAUACGUGACAUUGGGAUCUAUGGAAGAUCAUGUUUUUGAUCUUUCACCCGAAAAGAAGCCAAUGGAUUGGAGCACAAGAAUGAAAAUAGCAUUAGGGAUCGGAAGAGGUUUAGAAUAUUUGCACGAUAAAGCCAAUCCCCCAGUCAUCUACCGCGACUUGAAAUCCUCAAACAUCUUGCUAGACAGUGAAUACAACGCCAAGCUCUCUGAUUUUGGAUUAGCCAAGCUUAGACCUGCUGGGGACAAGUUACCUUUAUCCUCCGGAGUAAUGGGAACAUACGGUUAUUGUGCCCCCGAGUAUCAAACAACAGAUCAACUAACUGCCAAGUCCGAUGUCUACAGCUUCGGUGUCGUUUUGUUAGAGCUGAUCACAGGAAGAAGAGUUCUUGACACAACAAGACCAACCGAAGAGCAAAAUCUAGUCACAUGGGCGCAAACUUUCUUCAGGGAGCCAAGCAGGUACCCACAACUGGCUGAUCCAGGUCUAGAAGGAAACUAUUCUGUGAGCGAUUUGAAUCAAGUAGUGGCAGUUGCAGCCAUGUGUCUGCAAGAAGAGCCCACCGUUAGACCUUUUAUGAGUGAUGUGGUGACUCUUCUCAGUUUCCUUGGGUGCUGUCAAAAGUCAGGCACAAACGGUCCUAAUGGAGCCUCUUUUCUUACUAUACCACCUGUUCAAGAAAUGACCACUGAUGUAAAUGGGGAUAAUGAAAGAUAGCCAAUUUAAACGCCAAAAAACGGUGCAGAAGCAAAACAAUGAGGGUCUGAUUUGAAGCAUGAUUGAUCAGUGCUUCUUCACAGUAGAAUUUUCAAUAAUAAAUAGAUGCAUAUAUUGAGCAUAUAAUCUUCUUCCUUCCCAUGGCUUUGUGCACAUACCAUCUUUCUAUUUUUUAAUUCUUUAUGCAGUACUGUAAAAUUAUAUGUGGCAAUGAAUUGUAUAAUCUAACUGAGCUUCCUUAAACUUUUUUAUUUUGUAUAAAAA